AUGACGGCUUUUCGCGUCGAAUCAUGGAUAUGGUACUCGUUCACGAUCUGUACCAUCAUUGCGCGACUUGUCGCGAGGUUAUUACAUUUCAAGUCGGUCCUUCGCCUUCAAAUCGAGGACUUUUUGAUGGUGUUUUUGACAUGCCUCUACACCGUUCUCAUUGUGUUCCUCAACAUCGACCUGACAGUCUCGACUAAUCUAAUCGAUCCCGCUCAUCCAGUUGAACUGACCCCUCACGAGAUACACACGAGGACAUGGGGCGCAAAGACGGUCCUUCUCGUGGAGCAAUGCAUGUGCGCCGUCCAGUGGGGCACCAAGAUCUGUCUGUUGCUUCUGUACUGGAGAAUCACGCAGAACUUGAAGCAAGCUCUCGUCGUCAAGUGCGCCGCCGCAUAUGUUGUCCUGACUUACAUCGUCAUGGAAGUCUGCUACUUUGGCGUCUGGUGUCGACCGUUUCACGAUUACUGGAAAACCCCGACCGACAACACCCAAUGCACGACCGCGCUGCACCACCUCAUCAUGAACCUGACGUUCAAUUUGACCAGCGACAUCCUGAUCCUCUCCAUCCCUCUACCUCUGUUCUUGACUUCACACCUCGAAUCCAAGCGCAAACUCCUCCUGGUUUUCCCGUUCAGUUUGGGCAUCUUCACCAUGAUCUGCGCCAUCUUGAGCAAAGUGGCCAGCUUCAAACACCCCUACAGCUCCGAGUGGGUUUAUUGGUACUGUCGGGAGGCGAGCACGGCCAUGAUUGUCAGCAACAUGCCUUACAGCUGGGCGUUGAUUCGGAGGGUGUUCCAUCUCAGGUCGUUCUUGGGCGACUCCACCGCAAAUCGCAUGCAAGAGGGUGCACCGUCGAGGUUGGACGGACAGAGUUUGGGAGGAAUUCCCUUGACGACUCAGCUUCGCUCAAGACAGUCCAACGCUCAGGAAGUAAGUUCGAGAAAGAUCUCCUGGACGCCGUCGCUCUUUCAAAAGAAACAUGCUGCCCACAGCAACCGAGAUGCGACUACAACGACAACAACCAGAGCCUCGGAGAGUGACGCAUCUGCGAGAGACAAAGAGGUGGAUGCCGAAAAGUCGGCUCCAUCCAGUAGCGAUGGUAUCAUUCAACCAAACACGAAAUCGACUCGCGAUCCGGGAACUGAUUGGGCCUUGGAUCGUUUAUAUCCUCUGGACGACGAUGAAAUUGACGGUGAAAUCGCCAAGUUGGAUGUGACGCAACGGCGAUACGAUGGCUGA